AUGAAUUCGGCUUCAAUAUCGGCUGCCAAGCAGCAACUGCGGUCCCUAGUCAGGUCUAACCUAGCACAUGUGACCCCGGAAUCGAUCGCCAACCAAAGCCGCAGGGCAUUUGAUACUCUUAGAUCACUCAAGCCCUAUGAGGAGGCCGAGCGCAUCAGCAUCUUCCUCGCCAUGCCCUCGGGGGAGAUACAAACGGAUGCUAUCGUAAGGCAUGCGCUCUCAGCCGGCAAACAGGUGUACAUCCCAUACUUGCACAAGUCGCCCUUUGCGCCAGGUGAAGGGCCGCCCAGGGUAAUGGAUAUGGUGCGGCUGCGAGACCUGGAAGACUACGAGUCGCUACAGCCCGACAAAUGGGGCAUACCCAGCAUCGAUUCCGCCACCGUCAACGAGAGGCAGAGGAUCCUGGGCGGAUCAGACCCCAACCCCGCCGAUUCGUCGACCCCCCUCGACUUGAUCCUUAUGCCUGGUGUGGCCUUCGACAUUGAACCGGAGACGGGCAUCCUGAGGAGGCUCGGCCACGGGAAAGGCUUUUACGACUUUUUCAUUGAACGAUACCGCGCAAAGACAAAACCCGCCGGACACCCGGACACGCGUCCUGUGUUGCUCUAUGGUCUAGCCCUCGCUGAACAGUUUCUGACCCCGGAUUCUGGCACGCCUGUGCCCGUCGGGCCACACGACAAGUCACUGCACGGGGUUAUCCUCGGAAACGGCGAGGUCAAGAGGCCGUCUGAUAGAUCAACUUGAAAAAUCGCCCCUUCCACGCCCGUUCGAAAUUCCAAACUCCAAUUGUUGUGGUAUCAUCUUCGCAUGAAGCGCGACCAUUGCCGACUGCCGUCCCCCGCCGUGUGUUUAUUUAUGGUGCGGAUUUCCCGCCCCCCCAGGAAGCUGGUGUCCAUGCAGUGAUGUGCUCUCGAUGUAUCUUCCUUCCCGGUCCAACGCCUCUACGCAACUACCCAGACAAGCCCUGGAUCAGCGACACAUUGUCACCCUUGAGGAGGAUUUGUCCUGGAACGGUUGUCAACACAAUCUCCAUUAUGGUCGCAUCAGGG